GUGCAGUUUUGUUGAGGCUCACCAAGUCAGAGUGGUACAGUACACUGUCGGAGGUAAGUACUCCACAAACUCUCCUUGAAUUCACUACCUAGUAGGAUGAACUGAUAUCUUUUCUCCGAACCAUCUGUCUUUGAUUCGUCAUUGUUAGUCAUUCCUUCCGUUUGAUUGCGCUCGUGUUCACGAGAAUUCAAGGCUGCCUACGACGCCUUGUACGUAUGCUAUAAUCCUAUUAUUGGCGACUGCAUGACCGGUGGCUCUAGCCUUCGCCUCUACAAUCGACUCAAAAUCAUGUCAGCCAUUUCUUCGGCUUACGAGAACUGGUCCAAAGAAGACCUCAUCGCCCGUCUUCGACAACUCGACCAACUACAGACCCACCGCAGGCCUCCACAUGAACACCCUAUCAAACGCCAUACUGAACCCUUCGACUUUGCUGCACAUCCAAAACGCAAGAUCGCACUCAAGUUCUGUUACCAUGGACAACAUUUUAGUGGAAUGGAGUUCCAAAUGACUCCAACACAACUUCCGACGGUGGAAGGAGUACUGUUUAGUGCUUUGGCGUAUGCGCGGUUGGUGGAUCCGCAUGGUGGUUUGGAGGGUUGUGGAUGGGAGAGGUGUGGGAGGACGGAUAGAGGUGUGAGUGCUGCUCAGCAGGUGGUUAGUUUAUGGGUGCGCAGUGCGAUCGGGGACAAGGAGCUUCCCUCCGAAGACAAGGCUCAACUUGAAGAAGUCUCCUCCUCGAGCUCCCUUGAACCAUCAAAAAAUGAGGAUGGACUAGGCCUGGUAGGUGACUUGGACUUCGUGGGUGAUUGGGAUGAGCCCCCGACGAAUAGUGGUCGAAGGACUCCACCAAAAGAACCUUCGGAACUCAGAUAUGUCGCGUUGCUAAACAACAUCCUUCCACCUACGAUUCGAAUCAUUGCCUGGUCACCUGUAUCUCCGAAUUUCUCUGCUCGUUUCAACUGUCAACAUCGACACUACAAGUAUUUCUUCACUUCUGACGGAUUGGACAUCGAAGCGAUGCAAGAUGCUGCUUCGAGGCUCGUCGGCGAACAUGAUUUCCGGAAUAUGUGCAAGAUGGACCCGAGGAAACAAUUGACGCAUUUCGUGAGGAAGGUCAAAAGGGCUACUAUAUCGCCUAUCUCGAAUGGCCUUGCUCCUACUACGAAUAUGUAUGUGUUCGACUUGAUCGGGUCGGCGUUCUUGUACAAUCAAGUCCGACAUAUCAUGGCCUUGCUGUUUCUCGUCGGUGCUCACCUCGAACAGCCAUCUAUCAUCAACGCUCUCAUGAAUACCGACCCAAACAGCCCUCUCUCGCCUUUCCGACCAGACGAAUCUGCGCCUUCCCUAGUUCUCACAAAGCCGGACUACCAAAUGGCUGAUCCACUUCCGCUGGUACUAUGGGACAGUGCGUACGAGGAUAGUCUGCUCAACUGGCAAGUCGAACCAGACGAACAACUUUCCGAAUCCUCCACAAGCGAAUCUAAACCAGGUCUCUCCUCACGAGACCUCUCAGCUAAACUCUACGACAUCAUGCACUCUCUCUACACCCGUUCACUCAUCCAAACCACACUUGACGCUCACUUUCUCAGUGUAGUAUCGCAGUACCACACCCCGUCUCCGAGGUACCUUCCACUGGGUGCCCCAGGGACUCAACCUAUACCUUCGGGCGGGACGUUUGGGUAUCCUUUGGGAGGGGCGUCGUAUAAGAGGGGAUCGAAGUAUGUUCCCGUGCUUGAGAGGCCGAGGAUGGCUAGUGCGGAGGAAGUUAACGAGAGAUGGAGGCUUGGAAGAGGUAGGAAGCAAUGGGAAAGGAGGUUGGAGAAGAGAGCGGCUUAUGAAGCUCGUUCUGGUACGAGUACCCCGGGAGAUGAAGCUACUCCAAGUCCCAGUGCGGAUGUUGACGAAUAGAUGAUCACUCCCAAGGAUAUCACUUGUGAUAGGUGCAAUACUGAUGUUUACACGAUGUUCUGCACAGGCGACUACAAGUUAUCGUACACACUUCGGGCGUUAUAAUACUUGCGUACUCUAGAACUCCUGAAAUAUCUUACAAUGGCUCAAGGGUCAGUGACUCUUGAUCCCUAUUAUCAAGGAUAUCAUAAUGGCCCGGGCUGCAAUAUUGCGUAAACUGAAUGUCAGUAUGAUUGGCACGGUAGAUGGAGGAAACCGAACCAUACCGGUAUAAUAGAGUGAUAGGAUCUUCAGGUUCCGGUGCAUUCUCGAAUUGUACAAAGUCAACGUCGAUCUC